AGAAGGCCGUCCCAGAAGACGCCGCGCCACCGGGGUCCUAAGAGGCAGCACCGCCUUCCGACACAUGUGCCUGCAGCGCGAUGCCCAAAUCCAAGCGCGACAAGAAAGUUUCCUUAACCAAAACCACCAAGAAAGGCUUAGAACUGAAACAGAACCUGAUAGAAGAGCUUCGGAAAUGUGUGGACACAUACAAGUACCUUUUCAUCUUCUCCGUGGCCAACAUGCGGAACAGCAAGCUGAAGGACAUCCGGAACGCCUGGAAACACAGCCGGAUGUUCUUUGGCAAAAACAAAGUGAUGAUGGUGGCCUUGGGUCGAAGCCCAGCUGACGAGUACAAAGACAACCUGCAUCAGGUCAGCAAGAAGUUGAGGGGAGAGGUCGGGCUCCUGUUCACCAACCGCACCAAAGAGGAAGUGAAUGAGUGGUUUACGAAAUACACAGAAAUGGACUUUGCUCGAGCUGGAAACAAAGCAACUUUCACCGUGACCCUGGACCCGGGACCCCUGGAGCAGUUCCCCCACUCCAUGGAGCCACAGCUGAGGCAGCUGGGCCUGCCCACUGCCCUCAAGAGAGGUGUGGUGACCCUGCUGUCUGACUACGAGGUGUGCAAGGAGGGCGACGUGCUGACCCCAGAGCAGGCCCGCGUGCUGAAGCUUUUCGGGUAUGAGAUGGCUGAAUUCAAGGUCACCAUCAAGUACAUGUGGGAUGCACAGUCCGGAAGGUUCCAGCAGAUGGGAGAGGACUUGCCUGAGAGCGCGUCCGAGUCAGCGGAAGAAUCAGAGGGUGACAACGACGACGACUAACAGACGCUUGGGGCCAGGACCCGUGGGACCGCCACCCCGCUGGGGAACAACAGGGAGGGCGAGGGGACGGACUGCUUUUCUGUGGAGUAAAACUGUCUGCGGGACGGCGCCCCGUGGACAGCAAAGAGGACUUCUCCUAGAAAAAAGGCCUUGGCUUCGGGCUCUCGUUUGUGUUCCCGAGAAGUCUUUUGUUUGCCACGAGCCAGCAUCCAGCACGGGAGCCUGACGGCUGGGGUGGGAGAGCCGCCCUUCUCUCCCCCGGCCCUUGUGUCCCCUCCCGGAAACGGGGUUUGCCAAUGAAUCCCGGAGUCCCGGCCGCC